AUGCCUGGAACGGAACCUCAAUUUAAAGAAGAAUACCACCAGUUCAUUAAGGAGUACAUCUCCCUCGGCCACAUGCGGUUGGUCGAAGCGGACGACGAAAAUGCUCCCGCUUACUAUCUGCCCCACCACCCCGUAAUUAAGGAAGCAAGUACAACGACCAAGGUCCGGGUUGUGUUUGACGCCUCAGCGAACACUUCUACCGGUUUCUCUCUCAAUGAAGCUCUUUGCGUGGGUCCCGUGGUGCAGGACGAUCUUCUGGACAUCAUUCUGCGGUUUCGUACUUUUGUGAUCACUCUAGUCGCCGACAUUGCCAAGCUGUAUCGACAGAUACUUGUCCAUCCGGACGACACAUCGUUCCAGCGUAUCCUGUGGCGGUUCUCCAAGUUAUCUCCAGUCCAAGUCUACGAACUACUGACCGUUACGUAUGGUUUGGGCCCGUCAUCCUACUUAGCGACACGUACUCUCCAGCAACUAGCAGCAAAUAAAGGCGCUGCAUACCCGAAGGGUGGCCCAGCGUUGAAGAAGAAUUUUUACGUUGACGACUUCGUUGGUGAUGCCCAAUCUGUCGAAGAAGCGAUUCGUCUACGUACAGAGCUCGACGAACUGCUGAAAAAAGGUGGAUUUGAACUGCGAAAAUGGACUUCAAAUCGGCUUGAGGUGCUUCAAGGUCUCAACGACGAACAGGUCCACUUCAACCCCGAUGAAUCCAUCAAGGCGCUGGAAAUUAUCUGGGAACCUGAAGUUGAUCUUCUCCGUUUUGAUUCCCAGAUCCGAAUCAGCGAUGAGCCUCCAACGAAGCAGUCCAUCCUCUCCGAUACCGCCAAACUUUGCGGGUAUUUUGGUUCUGGCGGCACUGAGUGA